CCUCCCAUCCCAAUUCACAACUCGCAGCUCAAGUACAGCUUCUCCACACUGAGCUUAAGCAUCUGCUUGCUAUCAACUCAUCUCAACUCCUCUCCAAAUCACCAUUAGCAGCUACCAGAUGGCUCGCUUCGCCGUGGUAGCCGCCAUCCUCGCCCUCCUCGCAGUCGCCGCCGCCGCGCAGGGCCCCAUGCCGGCGCCCCGGAUGGCCCCGCUACCGGCCCCUCCGGCGAGGUCCCCGGCCACCGCCCCUGCGCCGGUCGCCACGCCGCCGACCGCAGCGUCGCCGUCCCCGAUGGCCUCUCCCCCUGCCCCGACCACCGACGCUCCCUCCGCGAUGACGCCGUCCGCGGUCUCCGCCACACCCUCCGGCGCCCCCAUCGGCGCCCCCACCGGCACCCCCGCGAGCUCCGCCGUGCACUCAUCGGCCGCCAGCUUCGUCGCAGUCGCCGGAGCGGUCGCCGCCUCCAUCCUGUUCUAGAUGCAGGCGACCACUCUGCUUGCUGUUGUCUAUACAGUUUUCAUUGUUUCUGAGAUUCUUUAUUAUAGAUCGAGUAAAGGUUACACGACAUUGCGAUGUAAUCUUGUCAUGAGAUUAUUAUGAAUAUAAAAUUCGUUCAUUUGUUACCUUC